AUUCGAUAUUAUUUGAGCCUUUGAAAAAGGUUCCACCUGAUAGAGAUACUUAAGAUGCCUGAAUUUAGAUAUUUCAGCUAGCUCUGUUAAUUUUAAUGAACUUUGUACACCGGCCUGACAUGACUAGUUUACAAUUUAAGUUAACCUCCUUACCGGUUUAGCGAAUACUAUUUUAUAGGAAGAUGUAUGAACGUUUAUUUAUUUGAUUAAAUCUUUGCCAAAGAUUACUCAGUAAUCAGAAAAAUGGAUGAAGUCACCUUUCAUCUAAUGCAAAGGAUCGAAACGUUUCAAAUAUGGCUUGCAGAAAUCACUCAAAGAAGUUUGGAACUCGUGGAAAAUACUGCGCAAGAGGUGCUGGCAUCGGAACAGUAUCGAAUCAUUCAGGAAGGAUUCAAAGAAAUAGUAACAUGUCUAAGUGAGUCUUGGACUGAAGCAGUUGAUCUUCUCACAAGGGUUUCAUACCCCAAACUAAUAAUUGCAUCUAUUUCUUCAUUUGUUGGAAAUGAUAUAAAUCGAGGAACAUUGACGGCAUGCUGUUUUGGUUUUACUGUCGGAUCCGGCCUGGGACUUGCCUUAGGCUUUUGUUUGCAGGCACCAUCGAAACCAAUAUACAUGAUGAGAGCUAUAGCUGCUACCAAUUUUACUGGACCUGAUGGUAUUGCUGUACUCGAAGAUGUACCGAUUCCUACCAUUAAAUCACCAGACCAGAUACUAGUCGAGGUACGAUUUGCAACUCUCUGUCAAACUGAUCUUCGUAUUUCUAGUGGAUAUUCAAAGACUAUGCGAUCAAUUCUUGACCACUCAACCGAACCACCUGUCAUUCUUGGACGAAGCGGCUCUGGAACUGUAGUGGAGGUUGGUGGUGCCGUUGAAGGCAUAGAUCCUGGAGACAAAGUAAUCUUCUGGUGCCCUGUAUGGCGGAAAGGUUGCCUCUCCCAGUAUGUCUGUCUUUCGUCGUGGCAAGUUGUUUCGCUCCCAAAGGGAGUUUCAUUGGAAGAUGGCGCUUGGUCAGCUUAUCCAAGUGUUUUAUCUUGGCGAUAUAUUCAAGAAUCAGGCAUAAAUACAAGAGAACUUCAUUCUAAAAGGGUGUUUGUUCAUUGUGGCUCAAACUGGGUCGGAGAUGCCCUCAGAAGGACUCUGACAACUCAUGGCUGUGAGGCCUCCGCUACAACUAGUCAAACACCCGUCGGCUCCGACAAUCCUGGCCAGUUCUUCCAUUUAUCCACUGCACCCUUACUCAUGACUGAUCCUCUUCAUAGGCAUAGGUAUGACCUUGUGUUCAACACAGAAGGUGAAGCUGCUGAGGAAUUCUGUCGCUGUUUGCUCUGCCCUAAGGGCAAGAUCAUUGGUUCAUAUCCUCCGUAUCUCUACUCCGACACGUUUGGGUCGUUCAUCGGCUUCGCUUUCUCUUUGUGGCUUAGGAUGACACAUCGACCUACGUGGGAAUUAAGUGGUAUGCGAGAGGGUAGCAGGCUGGUGAGAUCUCUUGGGCGUGCACCACAACCUCAAUCUCCUCAUGCGUUGGACCCAUCCAUGGUAGCGAUCAGCUCUCUUGGAGCUGUCCUCGUAUCUAUGGAUGAACUGAGUAGUGGAAAAAAGAAGAACACAAUCAAAUAGUAGUUUUAUUAUUGUUACUAUUUAUUUGUUAAUAAAUGUUUUAAUUAUGUAA